CGGAACGCAUCUACUACGACGGUACGCGGAGCGUGGCGUGCGAGCUAGUGAGCGGUGGCGAGUGAACGUGUGUGUAUACUGUGGCACAACAUAGGAGGCUUGGUGUUCGAUUUUCCCCCAAAAAAAAAAUAACACACAAAAAAGAGAAUGGAAAGCGGCGUCAGAAUGUCCGCAUCUCGGAAGCCGUACCAGUGUGAAUCCGGAGUGAAGUGAUUCGCCCCAGCGGGAGAUUCGCAAAAAAGCGGAAAGCAACCCCAGGUUCCUACGAGACCGGACAAGAAAUCGGUGAUUUCGGGCGCUCACUGUGAAUUGUUACUACUGCGCUGAUUGGGCGACGGCGAUCGAACUGAUCAACUUUUCAUCGACUUUUCCACAUCGAGGUCAUCCCACUGAGUGCGAGCGCAGGGAGCUGGGAGCAGUGGCAGUGGUAGUGGGCAGUUCAAGGCAGUUUGUCUUUCGGUGACGUCAACAGUGCACCCCACAGUGGCGGGUAGUAUCCGAUCGUGGAGGAGAAACGCCGAGCGCCUGAAGACGGUUUCGAGGCUUUCCACAUCGCUGAGCCCCAGUGGUGGCCGCUUGGGCUGGUUGCGUGCGUGCGUGCAUUAGCACUCCGUGUGUUCCGUACCUGCUCGUGUCUGUGUGUGUGUGUGUGUGGUUUCCGUGGCAAUGAUGGCGAUGGACCGGAUGCAGUACGAUGAAGACAUCUCCGCCAACGGUUACUACCGGCGGUUGCUGAGCGAUCACUACAGCAUCCUGGAGACGGCGACCGUCGAGGGAUGGAUCGUGUGCGUACCGCGUGUCGGUACCUUCAGCGAUCAGUGCCUGGUGGAUCAGGAGUUCGCCCUAGCCCACAUCCUGGUACCGAACGAGGAGCUACCCGAGACGCACUUCUUCAAUCUGAACUUUCUGCAGCUGAAGCUGGACGAACGUUCGCUGGUGUUUGGUGGUGGUGGUGGUGGGCAUGGUGACGGUGGGCCGCCGAGUACCGUCCGUGUGCGCAUCCUGUUCGAGGAGAUCUUCUACCGGGAUGGGUUGAAGUAUAAGGUGUGGUGCAUCGAGCGGCCACUGCACGAUAUGAAGAAGUACGGCACGUACGCGGAGGAUGAUCUGUCGCUGGGGCGCUUCCUGGGGAUUGGUUCGCUGACCGAAGCGGUCGAGUUCAUCAGGACGGCGGCGAAGAAGAAGGACAUCUUCACGCGGAUGGAUGCCAAGGUGCAGGCGUUCGUGCGGGCGAACGGUGACUUUACCCGGUGGCAGUUUGAGGAGCAGAAGGCCGGCGUGAAGAUGAUCUACGUCGAGUGUCUGGACCUGAUACUGCAGAACCGUAAGCUGAAGGAUCGCUGCCAGCGCGAUAUGGUGUUGCGGGGCAAUGUGAAGGUAGCGAUCGAGACGUACGUCAUGGACAAGCUGUACGAUCAUGUGAAGGCCGUUAUCGAUGUGUGCCGGAUGGAUCAGGCCGAGGGUUUCAACAAGACGAUGCGCAACCUGGGCGAUCUGCACUGUACCGAGUUCGAGGUGGCGAAGCGGUACGGUGAGCUGGUGCCGCUGGCGAAGAAGGAACUGGCCCGGAUCGAUCAGGCACGUACGGUGAUCGAUAAGCUCGCCUGUCUCCAGAAGGUGAUGGAAGUGCUGACGAAGGGAAUGACGAUGGGUGGUGGGCAGGGUGAUGAUCGCGUCGGUCGCGAUGGUACACUGACGAUGGACAAUCUUGUUCCGCUGUUCAUCUUUCUGAUCCUGAAGUCGGGCCUAACGCACUGGUUGAUGACGAUCACCUUUCUGAAGGAGUUUCAGUUCAACAACGUGUUCCGGGAUGCGCAGCCACGGCUCGAGUCGGGUCAGCAUGGGUUUCUGAUCGCAACACUCGAGGCAGCGAUCGUGUACAUUAGCUGCGGCAGCAUUACGCGCACUCAGCGUCUUGGCAUCAAUCUGGAGCCGGUGAUCGGUGCACCUCGCGGUGGCCACGAUAGCGGCAACGACAGCGACGAGAAGGAGGAGGAGGAGGAGGUGAAGGGGCAUGUUGGACGAGGUGAGCGCGGGUUUCGUAAUGCGGACGAUUUUCUAAAUUAUCUGCUCGCUCUGAUGCGCAACGAUGAUGAAACGCGGCUGGUGGAGCUGCUGCAAGAUAUCACCAACAACCAGGCGCUGCUGUGCGGUGCAACGGAGGCCGGCUACUACUAUCUACCGUCGAUCGAUGACCAGAACGAGAAGGGCCAGUCGGCACUGCAUCUGGCCGCCAUCUUGGGUAAUGCGAAGCUACUAACGCUCAUCCUGUCGCUGAAGCCGAACGUGAAUGCCGUCGACGCGAAGAACUGGACCGCGCUGCAUUAUGCCGCAGCGAACGGACACCAGACUCUGUUACUUCUGCUGCUCCAUGCAGGGAUCAACAUUAACGUUGAUGCUGGGGAUCACUUCACUCCGCUCCAUUUGGCGUGUCUAAAUGGUCACAGCGGAUGUGUCAAGGCGUUGCUGUACUUCUCCGAGCAUAUGCGCAUCUAUGUCG